GCCUGCAUGAUUUGCCUUGUGAGCCCCCCAGAGGAUGGAGUAGUCACAUCAGAAGGGAACCCAGAGGGACUUCGGAUGAGACUAGCCAUUCCUUCAGUGGAGGCCUCCCUGGAGGGGGAUAGGGAGCAGGAAAUGCCCUCUGGAAACCCUGAUUUUCCGUCUCUCCCUCUCUACAUUACGUCGCAGGGCUGAGGUUCCUGGCCCCAUGAUGCCCAGCCCUGCAGGACCCGAGCUCCGAGUCACCAGGCACCGGCCCGCCAUGCCACUGCCACCUCUGAGCCCAUAUGUGUUCCCCAUGCUGCUGCUCCUGCUCCUAGGCAGCAUGUAUGCUGCCGUGGGUUCACCCAGGGCUGGCGGGGGUCUCCAGCCCGCCUUCCGCACCUUUGUGGCUAACGACUGGGGCCUCACCCACCUGGUGGUCCAUGAGCAGACAGGCGAGGUGUAUGUGGGGGCCGUGAACCGCAUCUACAAGCUAUCUGGGAAUCUGACGCUGUUGCGGGCCCACGUGACGGGCCCCGUGGAGGACAACGAGAAGUGCUACCCACCCCCCAGCGUGCAGUCAUGCCCACAUGGCCUGGGCAGCACCGACAACGUCAACAAGCUGCUGCUGCUGGACUACGCCGCCAACCGCCUGCUGGCCUGUGGCAGCGCCUCCCAGGGCAUCUGCCAGUUCCUGCGGCUCGAUGACCUCUUCAAGCUAGGUGAGCCGCACCACCGCAAGGAGCACUACCUGUCGAGCGUGCGCGAGGCCGGUAGCAUGGCAGGUGUGCUUAUCGCCGGGCCGCCGGGCCAGGGCCAGGCCAAGCUCUUUGUAGGCACGCCCAUCGAUGGCAAGUCCGAGUACUUCCCCACGCUAUCCAGCCGCCGGCUCAUGGCCAACGAGGAGGACGCUGACAUGUUCGGCUUCGUGUACCAGGAUGCGUUCGUGUCCUCGCAGCUGAAGAUCCCGUCGGACACACUGUCCAGGUUCCCAGCCUUUGACAUCUACUAUGUGUACAGCUUCCGCAGCGAGCAGUUUGUCUACUACCUCACCCUGCAGCUGGACAUGCAGCUGACCUCGUCCGAUGCCGUGGGCGAGCACUUCUUUACCUCUAAGAUCGUGCGGCUGUGCGUGGACGACCCCAAGUUCUACUCGUAUGUGGAGUUCCCCAUUGGCUGCGAGCAGGCCGGUGUGGAGUACCGCCUGGUGCAGGACGCCUACCUGAGCCGGCCCGGCCAAACCCUGGCCCGCCAGCUGGGCCUGGCCGAGGAUGAAGAUGUGCUGUUCACCGUGUUCGCCCAGGGCCAGAAGAACCGUGUGAAGCCACCCAAGGAGUCAGCACUGUGCCUGUUCACGCUCAGGGCCAUCAAGGAGAAGAUCAAGGAGCGCAUCCAGUCUUGCUACCGUGGCGAGGGCAAGCUCUCGCUGCCCUGGCUGCUCAACAAGGAGCUGGGCUGUAUCAACUCGCCCCUGCAGAUCGAUGAUGACUUCUGUGGACAGGACUUCAAUCAGCCUCUGGGGGGCACAGUCACCAUCGAGGGCACACCCCUGUUCGUGGACAAGGACGAUGGCCUGACCGCUGUAGCCGCCUACGACUACCAGGGCCGCACAGUGGUAUUUGCUGGCACGCGGAGUGGCCGCAUCCGCAAGAUCCUGGUAGAUCUCUCCAGCCCUGGUGGGCGUAUGGCCCUGCCCUACGAGAGUGUGGUAGCCCAAGAGGGCAGCCCCAUCCUGCGUGACCUGGUCCUCAGCCCUAACCACCAGUAUCUCUACGCCAUGACAGAGAAGCAGGUGACACGGGUGCCGGUGGAGAGUUGUGUGCAGUACACGUCGUGUGAGCUAUGCCUGGGGUCCCGCGACCCCCACUGUGGCUGGUGUGUCCUGCACAGCAUCUGUUCGCGGCAGGACGCAUGUGAGCGGGCAGAUGAGCCCCAGCGCUUUGCCUCCGACCUGCUGCAGUGCGUACAGCUGACUGUGCAGCCGCACAACGUGUCGGUCACCAUGUCCCAGGUGCCGCUUGUGCUGCAGGCCUGGAAUGUGCCUGACCUCUCAGCUGGCGUCAACUGCUCCUUCGAGGACUUCACGGAGUCUGAGGGCGUUCUGGAGGACGGCCGCAUCCACUGCCGCUCGCCUUCCGCUCGGGAGGUGGCACCCAUCACUCGGGGCCAGGGGGACCAGCGGGUGGUGAAGUUAUACCUGAAGUCCAAGGAGACUGGGAAGAAGUUCGCAUCUGUGGACUUUGUCUUCUACAAUUGCAGUGUUCACCAGUCGUGCUUGUCCUGUGUCAAUGGCUCCUUCCCCUGUCACUGGUGCAAAUACCGCCAUGUGUGCACACACAACGCUGCUGAUUGCGCCUUUCUGGAGGGUCGAGUCAACGUGUCUGAGGACUGCCCCCAGAUCCUGCCUUCCACCCAGAUCUACGUACCGGUGGGCGUGGUGAAGCCCAUCACCCUGGCUGCCCGGAACCUGCCACAGCCACAGUCGGGCCAGCGUGGGUAUGAGUGCCUUUUCCACAUCCCAGGCAGCCCCGCCCGUGUCACUGCCCUGCGCUUCAACAGCUCCAGCCUGCAGUGCCAGAACUCCUCGUACUCCUAUGAGGGCAACGACAUCAGCGACCUGCCUGUGAACCUGUCAGUCGUAUGGAACGGCAACUUCGUCAUCGACAACCCCCAGAACAUUCAGGCCCACCUCUACAAGUGCCCUGCGCAGCGGGAGAGCUGUGGCCUCUGCCUCAAGGCUGACCCUCGCUUUGAGUGCGGCUGGUGUGUGGCUGAACGCCGCUGCUCCCUGCGCCACCACUGCCCGUAUGAUGCGCCUGCCGCCUGGAUGCAUGCCCGCCAUGGCAGCAGUCGCUGCACAGACCCCAAGAUCCUCAAGCUGUCCCCAGAGACGGGCCCCCGGCAGGGAGGGACACGGCUCACCAUCACCGGCGAGAACUUGGGCCUGCGGUUCGAGGACGUGCGGCUAGGCGUGCGGGUGGGCAAGGUGCUCUGCAGCCCUGUAGAGAGCGAAUACAUCAGUGCUGAGCAGAUUGUCUGCGAGAUCGGGGAUGCCAGCUCAGUGCGGGCCCAUGAUGCCCUGGUGGAGGUUUGUGUGCGGGACUGCUUGCCUCACUACCGGGCCCUGUCUCCCAAGCGCUUCACCUUCGUGACACCAACCUUCUACCGCGUGAGCCCCUCCCGAGGGCCUCUGUCCGGGGGCACUUGGAUUGGCAUCGAGGGGAGCCACCUGAAUGCAGGCAGUGAUGUGGCCGUGUCCAUCGGUGGCCGGCCCUGCUCCUUCUCCUGGAGGAACUCCCGGGAGAUCCGAUGCCUGACACCCCCUGGGCAGAGCCCGGGCAGUGCCCCCAUCUUCAUUAACAUCAACCGUGCCCAGCUCGCCAACCCCGAUGUGAAAUACAACUACACAGAGGACCCCACCAUCCUGAAGAUAGACCCAGAGUGGAGCAUCAACAGUGGUGGGACCCUCCUCACAGUCACGGGCACCAACCUGGCCACUGUCCGCGAGCCCCGAAUCCGAGCCAAGUAUGGAGGCAUCGAGCGGGAAAAUAGCUGCAUGGUGUACAAUGACACCACUAUGGUGUGCCGGGCGCCAUCAGUGGACAAUCCCACGCGCACGCCACCGGAGUUGGGGGAGCGGCCGGAUGAGCUGGGCUUCAUCAUGGACAACGUGCGCGCCCUGCUGGUGCUCAAUUCCUCCUCCUUCCUUUACUACCCUGACCCUGUGCUGGAGCCGCUCAGCCCCACUGGCCUCCUGGAGCUGAAGCCCAGCUCCCCACUCAUCCUCAAGGGCCGGAACCUCCUGCCGCCCGCACCCGGCAACUCCCGACUCAACUACACGGUGCUCAUUGGCUCCACGCCGUGCAUCCUCACUGUGUCGGAGACACAACUGCUGUGCGAGUCACCCAACCUCACGGGGCAGCACAAGGUCACGGUGCGGGCAGGCGGCUUCGAGUUCUCGCCCGGCAUGCUGCAGGUGUACUCGGACAGCCUCCUGACGCUGCCUGCCAUUGUGGGCAUCGGCGGGGGUGGGGGCCUGCUGCUGCUGGUCAUUGUGGCCGUGCUCAUUGCCUACAAGCGCAAGUCCCGUGACGCCGACCGCACCCUCAAGCGGCUGCAGCUCCAGAUGGACAACCUGGAGUCCCGUGUGGCCCUCGAGUGCAAGGAAGCCUUUGCAGAGCUCCAGACAGACAUCCACGAGCUGACCAACGACCUGGACGGCGCGGGCAUCCCGUUCCUGGACUACCGCACCUACGCCAUGCGGGUGCUCUUCCCCGGGAUCGAGGACCACCCUGUUCUCAAGGAGAUGGAGGUACAGGCCAAUGUGGAGAAGUCGCUGACGCUCUUUGGGCAGCUGCUGACCAAGAAGCAUUUCCUGCUGACCUUCAUCCGCACCCUGGAAGCCCAGCGCAGCUUCUCCAUGCGAGACCGUGGCAAUGUGGCCUCGCUCAUCAUGACAGCCCUGCAGGGCGAGAUGGAGUACGCCACGGGUGUGCUCAAGCAGCUGCUGUCUGACCUUAUUGAGAAGAACCUGGAGAGCAAGAACCACCCGAAGCUGCUGCUGCGCCGGACUGAGUCUGUGGCUGAGAAGAUGCUGACCAACUGGUUCACCUUCCUCCUGUACAAGUUCCUCAAGGAAUGUGCGGGAGAGCCCCUCUUCAUGCUGUACUGCGCCAUCAAGCAGCAGAUGGAGAAGGGCCCCAUCGAUGCCAUCACGGGUGAGGCCCGCUACUCCCUAAGUGAGGACAAGCUCAUCCGACAGCAGAUUGACUAUAAGACACUGACCCUGAACUGCGUGAACCCCGAGAAUGAAAAUGCACCCGAGGUGCCAGUGAAGGGACUGAACUGCGACACAGUGACGCAGGUCAAGGAGAAGCUGCUGGAUGCUGUGUACAAGGGAGUGCCCUACUCCCAGCGGCCCAAGGCUGGGGACAUGGACCUGGAGUGGCGCCAGGGCCGCAUGGCGCGAAUCAUCCUGCAGGAUGAGGAUGUCACCACUAAAAUCGACAAUGACUGGAAGAGGCUGAACACGCUGGCCCACUACCAGGUGACAGAUGGGUCAUCAGUGGCACUGGUGCCCAAGCAGACAUCCGCCUACAACAUUUCCAACUCCUCCACCUUUACCAAGUCCCUCAGCAGAUACGAGAGCAUGCUGCGUACAGCCAGUAGCCCCGACAGCUUGCGCUCGCGCACGCCCAUGAUCACACCCGACUUGGAGAGUGGCACCAAGCUGUGGCACCUAGUGAAGAACCACGACCACCUGGACCAACGCGAGGGUGACCGCGGCAGCAAAAUGGUCUCAGAGAUCUACCUGACCCGGCUGCUGGCCACCAAGGGCACGCUGCAGAAGUUCGUGGAUGACUUGUUUGAGACCAUCUUCAGUACAGCACACCGGGGCUCCGCCCUGCCACUGGCCAUCAAAUACAUGUUUGACUUCUUAGACGAACAGGCCGACAAGCACCAGAUCCACGAUGCUGACGUGCGCCAUACGUGGAAGAGCAACUGCCUGCCCCUGCGCUUCUGGGUGAAUGUGAUCAAGAACCCGCAGUUCGUGUUCGACAUCCAUAAGAACAGCAUCACGGACGCCUGCCUAUCAGUGGUGGCCCAGACUUUCAUGGACUCCUGCUCCACGUCAGAGCAUAAGCUGGGCAAGGACUCACCCUCUAACAAGCUGCUCUACGCCAAGGACAUCCCCAACUACAAGAGCUGGGUGGAGAGGUACUACGCUGACAUCGCCAAGAUGCCCGCCAUCAGUGACCAGGACAUGAGCGCCUACCUGGCCGAGCAGUCCCGGCUGCACCUGAGCCAGUUCAACAGCAUGAGCGCCCUGCAUGAGAUCUACUCCUACAUCACCAAGUACAAGGACGAGAUCCUAGGGGCACUGGAGAAGGACGAGCAGGCACGGCGGCAGCGGCUGCGUAGCAAGCUGGAGCAGGUGGUGGACACGAUGGCCCUGAGCAGCUGAGCCCCUGGCCAGUGACCGCCCAGCAGGAGGCGGAGCCAGAGGGCUGUGGAACAGGGACCCCUGGAGACAGCUGCGCCACCGUGCGGAGAACCAGGAGGUGCUCGGGGCUGUCACACAGCCACCAUCCUCCCGGCCUCCCUUCCUGGGCUCUCACGGCAUGGCCAGGCAUUUAUCAGUAUGGGUGUGACAGCACCUGCCUGGUCACCUCUGCCCAGGAUGGCCUUCCCAGGUCUGGGCACUCAAAGGGUGGCCAGCUGGCCCUGCCCAGGGACUUUUGCCACCUGCGAGAGCUGCCUGGGGGCCUUCACAGGAGUAGAGGUGGCCUCCACAGGGUGAGGUCGGGGCCAGAGCCCCCAGGGCAGGGCAGCAGCCUGCCUGUCUCCCACAGGCAGGGCACGGGGCUGGGUGUCAGCAGGCAGCGCCUCCCUGGCUGCCACCAGCGGACCAAGUCUGAGGAUCAGGGGCCUGGCUGGCAGCCGGUGGGAGGGGCACGCACCCAGGAUCAGCAAGAUGAGCUAAAGCCGUCUUGCCUUCUACAUCCAGCGCCCCGCGCUCACCACCCCUCGCUGUCCUCAGAUUCACCGCGUGCUCUGCGCGGCCGAGGCCGGAACGCCACGUCCACCUACAAAAGAGGCUCUGUCCCCUCCUAUGGAGGGGCUGCCCACAGCUCCGAGGGACUCGCAGACGAAUGGACAGGCAACCCCCUCUGUCCUCAGGGCUGUGCCUCUGGGAGCCGCCGGGCCUUGGGGCUCCAGCUACAGAGUGCAUGUUCCCAUUAUUUAUUCCCCUCUCCUCUUGCUCCUGCACAGCCGCCUGAAGUGGGCUGAGCCCUCCACCACAGAGCCCUCGAGGACGCUGCCCUCCUGCCUCUCUGCCCCUCCCACCGUGGCUUCCAUUUUGGCCUUUCCUGAGCAGUAGGACACUGGGGACUGUUUUUGUUUUUAAAGGGAAACAGGCAGUCCACUGCCCUCUGCCUGGGCAGUGAGGGCGAAGUGUUCGACCCCUGCCAGCCUGGACAGCUUGGGCUGUGAUGACGGGCAGGGUCUGAGGGCCUGAAGUCGGCUGCCACCCCUUUGCCGUCUACGGCAGGAGAACAAGUUUUUAACGGAACCCUGUACAUAUAUAUAUAUAUAUAUAUGUUGUGUGUGUGUAUAUAUAUAUGUGGCUCUGGCCUCAUCUCCAGCCCCAGUGGUACUAUACAGUUACAAAAGGAGAAUUCCGAAAAGCGAUUUAGAAGAAAAUCCAGGUGGUGGGAAAACACUACCAGGUGGCGCAGAGAGAAUAUUCGGGUCUCUGGGGCCAGAGCAGAGCCCCAAAGCCCGUCCGCAUCCACCCAGCGCCCCGCACUUGCUGUGGACAAAGGAGUCGAGAGCCCCAACCUGCUGCCAGCCCCUGAGAGCUUCCAGGGUAUGCAGGGCCUGUGGAUUUGCAUGAUUGUGCUAGCGUUUAGUCUGAGUUGAUCUUUUGCAAACUGCAAGUGUUGAAUCUAGAGGUGGUUAGACCCUUUUUAAAGUUUUUUUUUUCUUUUUAAAUGAAUCAGUCACUUGUACAAGCAAACAAGCAGCCCACCCCCUUUUCAAGUUCACUUUUUCAAUGGUACUAAAGAUUCUAAAGGACUUUAAGGGACAGCUAACUGUGGCCAGACCUGGCCCCAGUGCCGAGGGCAGCAUGCCUUGUGUCCGAGGGCUGCCAGCCUUGGGGUCCCCCCCUAACCCCAAGCAGUGUGAGCCAGUCGGGUCUCCUGGGAUAUCAGGUCAGGAGCUGCUCCCUCGUGAGGGGCUUGGUGUGUGGUUGGUGAACUUCUGACUCAGGGAGCUCCUCCACCCCGUGGGGCGCUGAGGGGGGCCUGGGCACCCUACCCCAUGCUGCCUUCAGCCCUUCCAGCCCCCCUCAGGCCAGAGCUGAGGCCAGCCCAGCUGGAGAUGAUGCCCUUAUGUCCUCCAGGAUUCCCUUUCCUGGUGUAUUCUGUCCAUUAUGACACCUCCUGGCUGUGCCUCAGUUUUCCCCAAAGUCUUCCCUGGAUACUGGCUUCAAGUGGAAGCCCACAGUUCUUCCAGUCCCACUUGGGCCAUGCAGGCCUCUCGGUUCCCGCACACCUUCCAGUGUAUUUCCAUCCAUUCCCUUCCCUGGGCCUCAUGGCCGCUGCUGCCCUGCUCAGUCCAGUCAGGUGGCCUCAUCCACAUAGGGAGCAUCAGUGGGCAGUAGGACGGUAUGACCGCCCAGCCCUGCCUAGCAUGACUUCCCUGGGGGGACCUGGCCGCGGCUGAGCUCAUGGCGUCUGCUCGUAAGCACUUUAGCAAACCUGUUUACACAAGUGUCAAUCCAGCUGAUUCUAAGCAUGCUGUGUCCGAGGACAGCAGGUCUCCCUGGAGUGUCCCUGUGGGGCCCACACCACCUGCCAGGUCCUGGGCUUAGGCCCUCAUUUCCUCUUGUCAUUAAUCCCCAUGGUCCCCAAUCUGUAGCACCCUAGGGACUGGGCCAAGCACCCUGAUCACCUCUUGAUGGCUUGCUAGGUGCUGUGAGCUCCGAGGGGGGCUGGGGGCCUGGUCAGAGCCCACUAUGCUGGGCAGUGAAAUGCCUGGGACCACCUCUGCCGCCCAGGCUGGGGCAAUUUCUGUUGGUGUCACUGCCUGCCAUGGCCCUGCUUCUCAGCCCCUCCCAGUCCUCCCGGCGCUAGGCCCCCUUCCCUACACCCAGCCUUGGAGUGCCUGGGCACCAAUACCUCUAUCUGUCCCUGAAGGCCCAGCCACCUGCCUGUUCUCCCUUGGCCUGGGGGGUCCACAGUAGAUGGUGUAGAAGUGGGGCCUGGGGGCCCCAGCUCGCACAGCAUGGAGUCCUGGGAUGGCUGGCGCCUUGCGCUUGCAUGGGAGCCCAGUGCCCAGCUCCUACCCUAUGAUCCCUUGCUGAGGGCCCUGGCCCCCACGUGUCCCUCCCAGCCCAGAUCUGAUGGCUCACUCGUUGGUGCUACACAAGCUA